GCUACUGAAGUUGUUAAAGUGACUAAAACUAUUGAUCUUGAGGAAAAUUCGAAUAAUGUUCAACUCUGUACAAGUUUUCAUUCAGACAUUAUCGCCACCGAAAAGCCUAUCGUUUUGUGUGACAAAACAGCUACAGUGGGAAUUUCCUUAGAUACCUCACCCGACCAGCCAAAUACAGCAUCAAAGUCUCGGGCUUCGACUCUGUUUACAGAACUCGCUUUACCCGAAGUCCUUCCACCUCUCAAGGCUAUUAUCAAUCGCUCAAAGACUCAUUUUGAGUCUCAGGAGUCACAGCCAAGUAUAUCGAACUCAUCGCAAAGUAAUGCAAUGGGCAGACAGGAAUGGCUGCUUCAUCGCCAACAAUUGGAGGCAGAGAUGCGUGAAAAACGACUCAAGCAAUACGCUGAGCGUCUUGACGAGGCAGGACAGAACCCCGAUCUCGAAGAGAUUGAUGAAGAGGUGGAGAUUCAAGGACGUGCUAAGGACAAGCAGUCAGGUGAUUUGGAUAAGGAAUGGUCACCUGGUGGCAGUGACGAGGAUAGUUUCUCGGAGGAGGAAAGUUCAGGAUCUGAAGACACGUCGACUUCAUAUCAUACGGAUACCUGCGAAGAUAGAAAUGAUGGCGAUGAAGAGAUGGAUGGUGAGGAAGAAACUGAUGAGGAAGUGGGGAUUUCUCGUCUUAAACGUCCUAAAAAGUUGAAUCCAUUCGCUGAUGAUGAGGCUGAAGAAGAUGAUGCAGACAUGGAAAGUGAUGUAGAGCCGUCAGAUAAACAAAACAAGCUAACAAAAUCUAGAAUUCCUUUGCUAACUCAAGAAUCAAGGGACAAAACUUCAGUCGAUGAAUUUAAAGAAAAUAAUAAUGAACCUGAUUUGGGAGGACUGAAUCAACUAGAGAGAGACAGCAAUGUAGGAACCACUUCUUCCUGCUCUGAUUGUGAAUCUGCAGCAGAAGAAGACCGUCUUGAUGGUCGUAAAAGACGGCCUAGUUGGUCUAUGAACAGAAUUAAGGACUCUGGUGAUGUGGAAAAAAAAGCAAAUGGAUUGCAGGUGAGCUAUUUCACUAACUUUGGUUAA